UUUCUUAUUAUCAAAAAGAAUAAUAGCUUAUGCUUGAUUAAUAAUGCUCAAAAAUAUAAUAAGCACAGCUUCAAGAAUGCCUUUAUACUGUCUGCCUCAGAUGAAUUCUCAGAGAAGUUUGCUAUAUACAAGAUUCUUUUAUUACUUGAUUUCUUUUCUAAGUAUAAUUAA